AUGUGUACCUUUACGCGUGUAGCUCUGCGCAAGGUCUGCCGGAAAAAGCAACCAUCUUUCGGAGAGGUGCUGGAUCCCAGGAACUUGGUGCCUUACCCUGCCAACGACGAUGGCCACUCAAAGGUGCCAGAGUCCGAGGCUCCCUACAUUGCGUUGGAAGGCGAAGGCUGCGAAGGUGAGGAGGUGACCGAAGCAGAGCGGUUAGUGCAGGAUCUGGCGAACGUGAAGCGUAGCGUAGGGUUUCUGCACAAGCUCGUGGUGGCGCUGGCGGUGGUUGCCCUGGUCAUGGCGGCGGCCCUCCUCGUCGCAAUUUACACGCAGCUCAGCCCUUCCGAGCAGACCCAGACAAGGCGCUAUGCCAUGCUGGCGUCCAUCCCCAUUGUAGCUCUGCUGUUCACAUGGUUCCACAUUUGGCUGGCGAUCCAGAUGAUGUUCCUGCCCUUGAACUUCGUAGGCCUCUGGCAGUAUGGAGCGACGGGGAUGGGAAUCGGCUGGCAAGGCCUCGUUCCUCGGAAGUGUGACAAGAUGGCCAGGAUGUCCUACAAGUGCGCGCGGCCUUACUUGGAGGGUCCCAGGGAUUGGCUGGGCCGAGUGGACUCCAAGCGCCUGGUGCAGGAGGUGCGUGGUGAGCUCCGGACGGUGAUUGACGGCGCGGUCAACCACGCCGUGAAGAAGUACUUCCCUCGCACCGACCACCGAAUGCCUCAGUCCGUGAGGACUCGGCUCACCGAGCAAGCCUUGGACAGGAUCCAGGAGACCUCCCCGCAGCUUUGGAGCACCAUCACAGAGCUCCUGUGCAAUGAGCAGAUUGGCAUCGACAAUGAUGGACUCAUUGUGAAGGUGUUCACGGAGAACAAAGCCCUCCUGAACGAAUUCUUCCUUCGACUGGGCGACCAGGAAUUCCGCUUCAUCGAGCACUGCGGAGCUAUGAUGGGCUUCCUGUGUGGCUUGCUGCAGCUGUUGGCCUUCAACCACCUGACCAGUGAGGGUCGUGCAAUUCUUCUGCCCACCACAGGCUUCCUCCUAGGCAUCGUCACCAAUUGGCUCGCCAUCUUGAUGGUCUUCAAGCCCUGUUUUCCGAAGCCCAUCCGGAUCUUUGGAUGGCACAUCUGCAAUAUCCAGGGCCUUUUCCUGAAGCGCCAGCCCGAGGUGUGCGUGCUGUAUGCAAAGAUGCUCAAGGAGAAUUUCCUGUCCUUCAACAAAAUCAUCGGCUAUCUACAGACGCUCCCAGAGCUUUGGGGAAAGCUGAAGGCCGCCUACGCAGCUCACUCCACGGCAGUGCUGCGCGAGACGCUAGGCUCAGCCACGUGGCUCGCGCAGUGGACCAUCGGGACAGAAGGGUUCCGCGAUUUGGAACACGACCUGAAGGCAGCCUUGGUUGACGGCCUUUACCGCGCGGAUCGCCUGCACAAGGUCUCUGCGCAGUAUAUCUCCAAGGUCACGAACAUUGAAGCUCGAAAUAGAGAGUGCCUCCAACAGAUGCCGGCCGAUGAGUUCGAGAACCUUCUGCAUCCCGUCUUUCAAGAGGAUGAGUGGAUCCUUAUUCUGCUGGGCGGGAUUCUCGGGGCGAUCGUUGGGAUUGUGCAGGUCUACUGCCUGUCAUGA